CAGGAGGGAGCUUCGGCGAUGGGUGUCUUGCCCACCCCAUCACGAGCCUCGGUGGACGGUAAGAGCCCGGGCAGAUGCUCAAGCCCGAAAGCCAUGCAGCUGAAUAGCCAAGACGAUGUGUGCAAGAUUUGUUGCUGCGACACCUCGCCCUGGCGAUCCGUGCGCUUGGCGUGUGGCCAUGGAUGGUACUGUGCGUCCUGCAUGCUGCGUCAUGCAGAGGCACGAUUGGAGAUGGGGGCUGCUUCCAUUACGUGCCCGGAAUGUUCCGCCAUCUUGGCUGAGCGCGACCUGAGGAAAUUGCUGCCGACGGAAACCAUCGACCGGCUUCUGGCACGCAGCCUGGAACAAGCUGUAAACUGCGCAGCCGACAUCCGCGCCUGCCCCACCCCGAACUGUCCCAUGAGGGUGGCUCUUGAGGAAGGCGACGUGGCGAGGUUUAAGUGCACCAUGUGCAAGAAGGAGUCCUGUCUGAGAUGCGGUCGACAGCCUUUCCACCGUGGACUGACCUGUGAGGAGUACUCAGAGAAGAUGAAGAACAACACCAAGGCGGCCAAAAAGGAACGACAGGCAGAUCGACUCUUUGAACAGUGGAUGCAGGAGACGGGCACCAAGCAGUGCCCAUGCUGCCGCAUGGCGGUGACCAAACAAAAUUUGGAUCGACAGCAAACGCAGUACUCCGAGUGCCACAAGAUGAGCUGUCGGAACUGUGGAACGAAAUUCUGCUUCAAGUGCCUGGCCAUCCUCAGCGAGAGCUUUACGUGUGGUUGCACCAUCGACGCUCACGGCUUCAUCAACCCAGUGACUGGGAGGAUCGUGAAGCACUUGAAGAAGAGGGCCAAGAAAUGAAAGGCCUUUAGGUCUGUGCAGUUAUUUACUCCAGCGGCACUUCUGAAAAGUGUGGAUGGCGCCUAGAUUCAGCUCUGGAAAGCUCGCCCUGGGCAUUGCUGAAUUCUGUGCGGUGGUUUUUUAGUCCGUUGCACGCUGCGGCCACUGAUGUCUGAACCGCUUGCUGCCC